UUUGACGUCGCCACUCCUACUGACCAUGUCGUCUGGAUACGUUGAAGAAGACUUGGAAAAGGCCAACGAUCUCGAAAAGGUCACCAGCGGUGGCUCGACCGCAGUGGGUCCAUCUACUGGCAAAGAAUUCCUUCGCACCAGGACGAUCAAUUAUGAGCUACCUCCUCAGAGCUCGACGCGGAACAAUCGGAUUCCGAUAGAGUACAGAACGUUGUCCAUUCACGUCUAUGACUCACAACGAUUCGAGCAGCACAAAGAAGCCAAAGAAAAUCCCAGUGACGCCGAAUUCUUCGCCAAACUCGACUAUCACACCCUUCCCGCAGACGAAGUCUGUCAGCGUCUGAAUGUCUCCCGCACACUUGGUCUCGACAAGGCUGCCGCCGCUAAGCGUCUGCAACGUAAUGGUCCGAAUAGGCUGUCCAAGGGAAACCCUCAAUAUUGGAAGAAGAUUCUCAGGUAUCUCUUUGGGGAUUUCUGCUCAGUUUUGUGGAUCGGUGUCAUCAUCUUCUUCAUUUCUUGGAAGCCCCUAGGUGAUCCGCCCGCUCCAUACAAUCUCGCUCUCGGUAUUUUGGUCAUCAUCGUUAUCUUACUUCAGGCUUUCUUUUCCGCUUUCCAAGACUGGUCGUCUCAGAAGGUAAUGAACAGCAUCCUCAAUUUGGUACCUGAAAAUGCUACGGUCACUAGAGAUGGACAACAGAUCUCUGUACCUUCUGCCGAUCUCGUUACAGGUGACAUAGUCCACAUGUCCAUGGGUAACCGGGUUCCGGCCGACAUUCGAAUUCUGCAGGCUUCACCGGACCUCAAGUUCGAUCGUUCAAUUCUCACUGGAGAGGCGGAGGAGGUUGCAGGCGUUGUCGACACCGACGAGACCAACUACCUGGAGGCUCAGAACAUCGCUUUGCUUGGAACUCACUUAUGCAAUGGCUCCGCUGUCGGUGUCGUCGUUCUCACCGGCUCGAAGACGCUCAUGGGCAGAAUCAACAAGCUCACAUCGGCUCCCGCCAACGGUAGAACCAAUUUGCAGAGGGAGAUCACGCGAUUUGUCUGGAUCAUCGUCGCACUCACCGUCACGCUCAUCGUCAUCAUGACUAUCACCUGGGCCGCGUGGCUCCGAGUGGAUCACUUCGAUUUCCUGAACGUCCCUGGUUUCCUGACGGACGUAAUGGGUCUCGUUGUCGCUUUCAUCCCCGAAGGUCUUCCCAUCGCCGUCGCCAUGACUUUGGGCAACAUCGCUCGGCGGAUGAAGAAUGUCAACAUUCUGCCGAAGUCCCUGUCCACUGUGGAAACCUUGGGAUGUGUCAACAUUGUCUGCUCAGACAAGACUGGCACAUUGACAGAAAACCGAAUGACCGUAGUCUCGAUCGGAUUUGCGGACCAGGCUUUCACUACCGAGAGCUUUUCCAACCUCCGUACUGUGCCCGCCUAUGGUCAACUCGAGACUGCUAUGGCUGUGUGUAACGAUGCUCAAUUCGACGACGAUACGGUUGCUGUUGAAGAGCGCAAGAUCCAGGGAAACGCCACAGACGGAGCUUGCCUGCGUUUCGCGCAUGCCGUCGAUCGCAAUGCAGUCCCCAAAAUCUUCAAUCUGCCUUUCAACUCUCGAAACAAGUACAUGCUCACCGUCGCCCGCCCCGAGAAGGACCUCCUGUUGAUGAUCAAAGGAGCCCCUGAUGUCCUCAUUCCCCUUUGCACGCAAAUCAUGAACAGUGACGGAUCGAUUCACCCGCUGGAAGGCAAAGCGCGGGCCGAUUUGAUCGCUCAGCAGGAAACGUGGGCCAGGCAGGGUCAACGAGUCAUCAUGGUCGCUCAAAAACCUUUCGAGACGGACAUCGAGGCCGGCACUACUCAGUACGAGCGAUCAGUCACCGACUCAGCCAACGACUUCACUAUUCUUGGUCUCAUCGGUAUUGUUGAUCCACCUCGUGCCGACACUGCCCGCACCGUUGCCGAUUGCCGUCGCUGCGGUGCUCGAUUCUUCAUGAUCACGGGUGACUUUGGCCUGACAGCCGGUGCUAUUGCCAAGCAGAUCGGAAUCCUCACCCAUAUCCCGGACACUUUUGACAAGCUAUCUGCGGAUGGUUCAGAUCGAUCUCUCGUCGUGGAGGGCAAGGAUCUGAAUGCCGUCACUGUUGAGCAAUGGGAUCAAAUCUGCAUGUACGAAGAGGUCGUUUUCGCCAGGACAACACCUGAACACAAGCUCAAAAUCGUAGAGGAAUUGCGAUUCAGAAAUUUCGUCGUCGCCGUGACAGGAGACGGUGUCAACGACGCACCUGCUCUCAAGGCAGCCGACGUGGGUAUCGCCAUGGCGUCUGGAUCCGAAGUUGCCAUGGAAGCUGCCGAUCUGAUCCUCUUGGGAGACUUUUCAAGCAUCAUCGAGGGUAUCCGACUCGGACGAUUGGUUUUCCAAAAUCUGCAAAAGGUCAUUUCGUAUCUGCUACCCGCCGGAUCGUGGUCCGAAGACUGGCCCGUGUUCCUCAACGUCUUCUUCGGUUGCCCGUUGCCACUGAGCUCUUUCCUUAUGAUUAUCAUCUGUUGCUUCACCGACCUCAUGUGCUGUCUUACUCUGGUCUUUGAGGAGGAGGAGUUCGACCUACUAUCGCUUCCCCCUCGCAAUCCGAAAAAGUCACAUUUGGUCAACUUCAAAAUCUAUGGACAGUCUUACCUCUUCAUUGGUAUGCUCGAGACGAUCACUGCACACGCCAUGUUCUUUUACUACAUAUACUCAUACGCGGGUAUCCCGGUGCACAAAAUGUUCUUUGCUUUCGCCCAUUAUUCGGAUGGAUACUAUGGUCACACCCAGGCAGAGCUUAACAACUUCCUCAACACUGGUCAAUGUGUCUACUUUGUGACCUUGGUCAUUCUUCAAUUUGCCAACCUGCAUUCGGUUCGCAACAAGCGAUUGUCCAUCUUGCAACGAGGUCCUUUCCGAAAUCCCUGGUUGUUCGUCGGUCCGGUAGUCAGUCUGGCUAUUGCAAUCUUCGUCACUGAAGAGCCUGGGCUGCAAAGACUGUUUGGCACUGCAUCGGUCCCGAUAAAGUUUUGGUGCUUGCCUAUUCCCCUGGCCGUCGGCAUCUUGGUUAUGGACGAGAUGAGGAAGCUCCUCGUCAGGUCAUUCCCACAAGGUCCGCUAGCCAAGAUUGCGUGGUAGUAAGGGUAGAAUCAUAGAUGUUAGACUGUGUAUGGAUACCUCAUGUAUGACUUGUACUAUCAAUGAGAGUCUGGU